GAGAUUCUGCAGAACAUAUGAACCUGUUUGAUCAACCCGAAGGAAAAAAGGCAUUCAGAUUAGAGAAAUAAGGAGCAAGUAAAGAAAAAAGGGCUGAAGCAGAGAACCAGUGUUGAAUCACAGAAGAAAAUGAGGCAAGGCAAGAAGGAAGUAAUGUUCAAUCAGUAUCAGUGUUCUAAAAAUGUUCUAAGCUACAGAGCUGAAAAGACAUUGAGCUGUCUGUUCAUUUCUCUUCUGAUGUCCAGCACAGGGCACACCUGGACAACAUGGGGGACGACUUUCGGCCACAGGUGAAGAAGGUGGCUGUGGCCAUGGGAGCUUCACUCACAGAGCAGGAUAUCGACCGCAUGCCACAGGGGAUGAGAACGCAGGGAAACUUCAACUACAGCAGGUUUCUGGAGUACAUGAGGCAGUUCAAGACGUCAGAGCAAAGAGAGGAAGCCAUCAGGAAGGCCUUCAUGAUGCUCGACAAAGAUGGCAGCGGCUACAUAGAGUGGAACGAGAUCAAGUACAUUCUGUCCACUGUGCCAACUGCAACUCCAUCAGCUCCUCUGUCUGAUGAGGAGGCAGAGGCCAUGAUCCAGGCUUUAGACACUGAUGGAGAUGGACGUGUUGACUACAGAGAGUUCUCAGACAUGGUGAAGAUGGAGAAGAAACCGAGGAAAUAGAAGUCACGUGGUUUAUCUGUGCAGUGUUACUCCAGUGGGUCUGAAAGAUAGAGGAGGAGAGGAGGACAGAGAAGCCCUGCAUGCCAGAUUUACCCUCCCUAAACAGCACUCCUCCUCUGCCGGUGGAUCAAGAACUGGGAGAGUGAGGGGACCUUUGUUAUGGGUACUGUUUGCUAAAAGAACAAAAGCACACACACAAAAAAAUGAAUUGAGGUAAAGGAGUACAAAACUUUAAAGGCAUAUCCAUGCUACAUGCAUGCUGCCUCAUGUUUCUCUGUCACUUUAUUGGUCAUAUAUGUUGAACUGUAGGUUUGCUGAUUUGCUAUGCACUGACAAAACAGCUAUUUAUGUCAGCCUAUAAUCAUAUUAGUAUCAUAGUCAUUUCUAUUCCCAGGGGUUUACAAUUAUAUCAGUUCAUUAGCAGGAAAUUAUACAAAACCCGGGACCUGUAAAAUAAAGUGUCCAGUAACAAACCCACUGAGACCAGUCAGUCAGAAAUAACUGCACUAUAAAGGGCUCCCCUUUCCACUAUUACACUCAACAUCACUUUGUUUGAAUAUGUAUACAUUUUAUACACACAUUAUUCCCUGUUUUACAGUGUGUUGUGUUUGUUCUGUCCAUCACAGAUCUAUCAGUGUGUUGUCAUUGCUGUUAUCACAAUAAAGAUUUAUCAGACAUUCUGGAAACACUUUCUCUCCUCCGUCUCACUUACAGAUGCGUUUGACAACAGGACUCACUCUUGAGACAAUUGUCGGUCGAUGUAUAUCUUUUUGAUGCUUAUAUAUUAAUAUAACCACAGAUACUGUUCAAAAAGAAAGACAUUUUUUGUGCCACAUAAACCUGAAAGAAAUGUGUUUUUUUUUCGUUUAGAUCUUUCACAUCUGUACAUAUGAAAGAUCUAAAAGAAAACAUUUGUACAGAUGUUGUCCGACCAGGGCCAACAGAAGUACACCAGCACAUACUGUAUCAGAGCUGAGGGGGAAAAAACUGCAGCAGAGUUUAUGGGGCACAAGAGGCUUAUGAAGCAGCAGGUAUGACACAGAGUCAGUGAUAGCUGAUAAUCAGACACGAGCAGGUAUUUGAAGAUCUGCAAUAAACCUUUACUUGAUCUUUGCUGCUUUAACGUGUUGGUAGAGAAAUUACAGUGUAUUUGCCAUUUGGAUUGAGACUUCUGGCCAGUCAGGAAUACUGAAGAAGCCUUUUGUAUGGGUUAAGAAUAAAAUAUGAAAUCCAGCUGCCUGUGGUUUAAUACUCCUAGAACCUGGAUGAUGAGGAGCAUUAAUAGACAAUUUCAUGGCAAAGACUCAUAAAAACAAAGGAAGCAGGCAAGAAAGUAUUUUUCCCCACAUCUUUAAAUACCCACAAGAGGAAGAUAGAAAAUGAAACACAAUGAACCACCUGCUGCUGUAAAUAUUCACUGGAGCACCAGUGAAUGAAUCCAUCCUGAAACUGGUCUGCAAUAAUUCACUGCUUUCCCUGUUUGAGAAUGUUUGAUAAAACUA